AUACCCCUUGUAGUAAUAUUUAAAGAGAGAGCAUCAUCAGCUAAAUUAUUGAAUCCUUUUGAAUUAAAUAAAUUAUAGUAGAAAUGGAUAUUGACGAUGAUGAUAUGGAUCAAGCGCCUUCUUCUUCAACUGGAAUCAAAGGCGACAAGAAGCGAUUCGAGGUCAAAAAGUGGAAUGCAGUUGCUUUGUGGGCAUGGGAUAUUGUAGUAGAUAAUUGCGCUAUUUGCCGCAACCAUAUUAUGGAUCUCUGUAUUGAAUGUCAGGCCAAUCAAGCCAGCGCUACCAGUGAAGAAUGCACAGUUGCUUGGGGUGUUUGUAAUCAUGCUUUUCAUUUCCAUUGCAUCUCUCGUUGGUUGAAAACACGUCAAGUUUGUCCUUUAGACAACCGUGAAUGGGAAUUUCAAAAGUACGGUCAUUAAUAUUGUUUUUGUAUUCUUAAGAUUUUCUUUUGAUGAUGAAAUCAUAUCUCAAGAUUAUCACAAGAGCGUAACUACAUAAUUAAAAACUUUAUCCUUUUUUCCAAUAAGAAAUUAUCUUAAUCUUAACUGUUCUGAUUUCUAUUUCAUAAAAACAAUAAAUUUUUGUGUAAAACCGAAA